AUGAAAGCAGAUAGUUUUUAAACCAAAUUCCUAGUUCAAUAAAUUAAGAAUAAACUAGAUCAAAAAAACUAUUAUUCCUCUUUUAAUCUUGGUACUAGUGUUUUUACAUCAAAAAUUAAAUCAGAAGAGUCUAUUGAUAAAAAGUUAUCUGUUAGUUAACCUAUGUCUCCAAGUUAUUUAAAGGCUAUGAGAGCUUUAUAAGAUAGAAUAAGAACAUUGGAAGGAGAGAAUGGUAUUCUUAAUGAAUAAAUUGUAUAAUUCAAUUAAUUUAAUAUUUAUAGAAUAUAUCAUAAAAUUAUUGUACAACUGCUCAUGUUAAAAGUAAAUAAAGAAAUAAAGUUGAAAAACUUUUAAGUACUAUGACUAAGAAUGAUAUCUUUUAAAAAGAUAAAAAUUAUGAAAAAGAUUAAAAAAUUUAAGAGCUUGAUAAAAAAUUGAAACAGUCAGAAAUUGAAAAUGAAGAUAAAAUUGCUUAUAUUCAUUCUGAUUAUAAAUUUUAGAUUAAUUAAAAUGAAUCUAAAAUUAGAGAAUUAGCAGAAGAAAUUAAUAAUAUGUAAUUUAAAUAAUUGAUAAUUAUAGAACACUAUAAUUCAAUUUGAGUUUGGAAACAAAUGAGAGUUAUAAAAAAAAGAUCACUUAAUUAAAUUAAUAAUUGUAAAAAGAAAAAUAAGUAAAUUUAUUAUGUUUAAUAAAUUAGUUGACACUAAAUUAUUAAUUAUAAUUGGAUACAUUUGUAAAAAGCAGUAAGCAAUGGAAUGAUAGUAUGUCAAAAAUGAAUCAAGACAUAAAAUUAUAUAAAGAAUAAAUUCAAGAAUUAUAAUAAUAUUUAGAUUGGUAUACUACAUAAUAUCCAGUUGAUAAAUUUCAAUAAAUGGAAUUUGAAAUAAAAUAAUUAUAGACUAAGAAUGCUGAUUUAAUAGCUUAAUUAGAAUUAUAAAGAUUAUAAAACUCCUAAUUACUUUAAGAUUUUUAAUUACUUAAACUUUAAUAUGAAAGAGUUGAAUCUUAAAAACACAAAUAAAUUGAAUAAUUAAAUGGCAAGAUUUUUGAAUUAUAAUUAUUAGUAUAAAGACAAGAUUCUAAAGAUUAAUAAUAAUAGACAUCAAAUAAAAAAUAAGUUAAAAAGAUAUCAAUUACUGUACCUAAUUCAGAACAAGAGUAAGUUAAGUAAACAACUGAUGAUGAUAAUAGUAUCAUUAUUAUUAAGAAAAAUAAUGAAGAUACUUAAGAAUAUGAUAAUAUUUCAAGAUAAAUAAUUAAAUUAGAAUUGAUGUUAGAAGAACUUGAUUAGAAAUAUGAUUAAAUUGUAAAAUAAGCAUAAAUUGAAACAGAUAUGAGAAUUAAAUAAACAUUAAGACAAGAAUUAAUUCAAAUUUUAGCUUAGAUUAAGGAUAUAAACUAAUAAAUAAACCAGUUGAUUUCUUAGUAAAAAUCUUUGAAAACUAAAUUAUGA